GUUUAAAACGUAUAGCAGAUUAGGGCGUUAAAGCUAUUAUAAUCGGUACAUCAUUCAAAAAAGGGAAAGCACAGCACAGACCUGCCAUUCUCUCCUAGCUCGGCGGCCGGUGAUAUAUGCGCAUCUGUACUACGAUUCUUAUCUUUUUUCUUUCUUCUUAUCGAUCCCUUUGAUUUCUAAAACAUGUCUUAUGGACGAAGUUAUCAACCACAAGGAGGUACAUUGUUUGAAUUUCAUGGACGAACCUUUCCCCGAAACCAAAACUAUGACUAUAUGCAGAAUGAGGCCUAUUAUAACUGCAAUAGAUAUAACCAAUUUGGGAAUAGGAUUUUUGAUGAUAUGAGGAGACAUGACUUUCACUCCAAUGUCCCGGGAAACUGCAGAGAACGAGCACACCAAGGAAAUUACUAUAGGCCUCAUCAUGUAUCACCAUCUUCUAAACGGAGGAAGCUCUCUGAAAAUGCCUGGGGAAGUGAUGGGGCUUCUUAUUGCCAAUCAAAUCAUUUUGUAUUUUCGACUACCAAUCCCUCAGCCGAAUCUUUAUUUUUUCCUGCUACAGCUGCAACUAGUACAAGUUCUCAUUGUCAUACAGUGGGUAAACGUGGACGAUCUGACCUGGAAGAUGAAGAAUGUGCAAUUUUUAUGUCUAAGGAGGAGAUUGAGAGGUGCUCUCCCUCUAGAAAAGAUGGGAUUGAUGUCUUACAUGAAACAAGAUUGAGAUACUCAUAUUGCGGCUUUAUUCACAACCUAGGGAUGCGGCUAGAUUUGCCACAAACAACAAUGGGUACUGCAAUGGUUUUGUGCCAUCGCUUUUUCGUCCGACGCUCUCAUGCCUGCCAUGAUAGAUUUUUGAUUGCGACAGCUGCUGUCUUCCUUGCUGCAAAGUCUGAAGAGACCAUACGCCCUUUGAAUGACGUAUUGAAAUCUUCUUGCGAAAUUCUUCACAAUCAAAAUUUUAGCUUCUACAUGCUUUCUAUUGAUUGGUUUGAGCAAUAUCGGGAACGAAUUAUUGAGGCAGAACAGUUAAUAUUGACUACCUUGAAUUUUGAGCUCAGUGUGCAACAUCCUUAUGAUACCUUGACAUUAAUCCUCAACAAGCUAGGUGUUUCACAGACACACUUGAUGAAUCUAGCAUUAAACUUGGUUAGUGAAGGGUUUCGCAGCUCUCUAUGGCUUCAGUUUAAGCCCCAUCAAAUUGCUGCUGGUGUUGUGUACGUUGCUGCCAAGAUGCUGAACAUGAACUUUGACUCCUGCUUGAGCAUUUGGCAGGAAUUUCAGACUCCACCAGCUGUCCUUCAAGAUGUAGCGCAGCAGUUAAUGGAGCUUUUUUCAGGAACAAAUAUGAAUACAUGGUGAUAGUAUCAGGGACCGAACCAAAGUCUUGGACCCUCUAGAUCUGCUGAUUGUUUGUGUUGUUUGAAAGUGUAAUUAAAGACAUGGAAAUGGAAGCUGAUUUUUCAUGUGUAUAGGGUAGCGAUAUUCAGACAUGUUAUAUUUUAUGGUUGUGAAAGAUUGAUUUGUGUGGAGCUUCCAACUUGUUUUCCAAAACAGAUUGGAAUGUUGGUUGAUGUAUGUUGUAAAGUAAUGCUAACUCUGAUUGUGCUCCUGCUAAUAUCUUCAAAUUGUGAUUCGAGAAAA